GAAUCGAAUGGGGUGAGAAAAGGUAGUAGUUUUGUAUCUUGUUUUCACUUUGUAAUAACAGGGGAAGGCAUGCCCUUCGCAAAGCUUGCAGUUCUGUUUGAGCUCGUUUGGAAAUAAGUAUGGCUGCUGAGAAUGAGCUUGAUGAAGUGAAUCGUCUUCUUCCAACAAAGGAUGACGAAAUGGUCAACGAUGAGCAAACGAGUGCUACCGCAAAGGGGAUGAUCCGGCCAUCGACGUCGGCGAGUUAUAAGACCUUCGUGAAUCGUCGCAAUGCCUAUGAGAAGACAAUGGGGACGGGUGAGGUGACAAAGUAUACCAUCGAAGAGGAUCGAGAUGAGAAGCUGAUAUGCAUCGGCUACCAGCGGAGUCUCCUCCGGUUGAUCCUGGUCUAUUUCUUGGGGGUCAUCACGGCUGGAUUCUUUCUCUUGGUGGUGUACUACUGGAAACCUGACUGGGGUCUCAAACUCACUCACUCCAGGAGCUCCAUGCAGAAGGCAGACUCCAUACUCAUUGAGGAUUGCUUUCAGAGAUUCCAUGUUGUUCGUGUGAUCAGGGAGCAGGUUGGAGAGGUGGUGGAGAAGGAGAUCCUCCAAGACGUGAUGAAACAGGAUGUCCUCAUGAACGACACCUUCAUGUACUUCCGCUUCCAUAAGAUUAAAUUCUUCUGGAACCCCCAGGAGAAGUGUUUCUUCAAGCUGAGGGGACUUGAGAAGCAAACUACUAGCGAUGAGAUCUACAAGCGAGCUAACCUUGGUAUGGAUGUUCGUGAAACUGCCCAAAGGAGAGCACUAUAUGGAGUGAAUAAGAUUGUUGUACGUGUAAAACCAAUCCUGCUUCUCCUAAUUCAAGAGAUUUUGAAUCCAUUUUACAUCUUCCAAAUUUUCAGCGUGACUGUAUGGAUCGUAGAUGAUUAUCUUUACUAUUCUUUCUGCAUCAUUAUAUUAUCAACUCUCUCAAUCUCUAUCUCACUGUAUACCACAAGAACUCAAGCAACAACUCUGAAGAGUAUGGUCAAAUCCAACGUUACAGUGCAAGUAUUGAGGCCCAACGGAGAGAUCGAAACGGUAUGGGAAGAUCAGCUAGUUCCCGGUGAUGUCAUUAUAAUACCAUCUUGUGGCUGUACUAUGACUUGUGACGCUGUCUUGGUGGCUGGCAACUGCAUCGUCAAUGAGAGCUCCCUCACUGGUGAAAGUGUCCCGAUUACGAAGACCCCCCUCCCGUGUCCGGAGAGUGGAGAAUUAGAGUAUUCAAUGGAUCAACACAAAAGACACACUCUUUUCUGUGGAACGAACAUUAUUCAGACAAGGUUCUAUGCAGACGAGCAUGUCAAAGCUGUCGUAGUACUUACAGGGUUUUCAACGGCCAAGGGUAUCAUGGUUCGAUCCAUUCUUUAUCCAAUGCCGACAGAAAUCAAGCUCUUUAGAGAUGCUCUGCUAUUUGUCGCAAUCUUGGCUGGCUUUGCUAUCAUUGGCUUUGUCUAUACAGUUGUUGUGCUAGCAUUGGAUGGGACGCAAACCAGAGAUAUUGUUCUGAAGUCGCUGGACAUCAUCACCAUUGCUGUUCCACCGGCUUUGCCAGCUUCGUUAACCAUCGGCAUGGUCUAUGCUCAGUUCAGAUUGAAGAGACGAGGAAUCUUCUGCAUCAGCCCGCAGCGGAUUAACCUAUGUGGGACUCUGGAUAUAGUCUGCUUUGAUAAGACGGGUACUCUAACAGAAGAUGGUUUAGAUAUGUUGGGUGUACAGGAGACUUCCAAUGGAGGGUUCUGUCCCUUGGUGACGGACGUGAAGUCCCUACCCGUCGGCCCCUUUGUAUCUACCAUGGCAACGUGUCACUCGUUGACCUACAUCAAUGAGGAGAUUGCCGGAGAUCCUCUGGACGCGAAGAUGUUCGAAGCUACAGGAUGGUCGAUGCAAGAGGUUGGUGCUAUGAGGAGCCUUGAAGAGUCCAACCCAGCCGAGACCAGUAACUAUGAUGCGAUGGUCCCAACGAUAGUCCGUAGUCCUGGUAAACAUGCCGAUCUUAAAGCAGGAGGAGAUAACAAUGCAGAGGAUCUUGGUGAGAUCGGUAUCAUCAAACAGUUCCCAUUCUCAUCCAGCCUGCAGCGAAUGAGUGUUAUCACUAGGGCCAUGAAUGCUAAACACAUGUGUGUCUAUACCAAAGGAGCUCCAGAGAAAAUUGCUUCUCUUUGCUCAUCCGACAGCAUCCCUAACAACUUUGAGGACACGUUAAGCUCCUACACUGCGGAUGGUCUUAGGGUGAUAGCGUUGGCAUGGAAACCACUUGAUCCCUCACUACAGUGGCAUAAGGCACAAAAAAUACAAAGAGAUGCAGUUGAAAGUGAUCUUCACUUCCUUGGUCUAAUGAUUCUACAAAACAAACUGAAACCAGAGACCAUUCCAGCGCUUCAAGAGCUCCACCAAGCCAAGAUUAGGACCAUUAUGAUCACAGGUGACAACAUCCUGACUGCGAUCAAUGUUGCUCGUAAGUGCGAAAUCAUCCAGCCCGGAAAGAGAGUUGUGCACGUGGAGGCUGUGCCGCCGCUCAACGGUGACAAACUGGAUGUCCAGUAUCAGACUGUGGAGUUUCAUAAGGAGACGGAGGAAUUGAAUACCAAAGAACCCGUUGGAACCAAUGAAAUUGCCAUUGACAUGAUGAACCAGAACGGGACGACCUUUGCCAUGGACGGCAAGACGUUUGGGCUGAUCAGAGAAAUGCAACCAGAACUCAUGGAUAGGCUUGCUGUCCACGCUCAAGUCUUCGCCCGCAUGUCACCUGACCAAAAGAUGCAACUCAUAGAAAUCCUACAGAAGCUGGAAUACCAUGUCGGUAUGUGCGGGGACGGGGCCAACGACUGUGGCGCCCUCAAGCUGGCCCACGCGGGGAUUGCACUGUCCGAGGCAGAGGCAUCCGUCGCCGCUCCGUUCACGUCAAACGUUCACGAUAUCUCCUGUAUACCUGCCGUCAUGAAAGAGGGUCGAGCUGCGCUUACUACAUCCUUUGGAAUGUUCAAGUUCAUGGCCCUGUACAGCAUGAUCCAGUUCACCACUGCGACCAUCCUCCUCUGGGGGUCGGGCUACAUCGGCGACCUCCAGUUUCUCUAUAUCGACAUCAUCCUCUCCACCGUGGUCAUCCUCCUGAUGGGGCGGAACCAGGCGUACCCCGUCCUGUCCGAGGUCCCGCCCCCUCCCCAGCUCAUGACUGUCACCAUCAUCUUCUCGAUGGUCUCCAACGUGAUCGUCCAGAUCAUACUGCAGGCCGUUUUAUAUGUGAUUGUUCAGAAAGAGCCUUGGUACACGGCUCCUGAAUAUGAUGAUGAUGGAGUCUAUGUCCUCAGCUUUGAAAACACUGUGAUAUUUAUGUUAUCUUGCUUUCUAUACAUCAACUCGGCCGUAGCAUUCUCACCAGGGGCACCAUAUCGCAAAGAGCUUUACACCAAUUGGCCUUACUGUGCAGCUCUUUUGAUUCUCUAUGGGAUGAACCUCUUCCUUCUUUAUGGACCUCCUGAGAAACUAAGAGAGGAAUUCGAGAUCAUGGAUAUUCCGGACUAUGGCUUCAAGACCAUCAUCCUAGCCUUUGGGGUGCUUCACUUUGCCAUGGCCGAGAUCAUCGAGCUCUUCCUAGUUCCUUGGAACGCCCUCAUGUCGUUCCUGAGCUGUCGAUGUCUUCGUCAGAAGACCCUGAACACCUUCCAACGCCUGGAGAUGGAGGAGGUCAACCAGUUGUCAUGACAACCACCACGUUUCAACCACUCGCCGGAGCAGCUCUCAAAAUGUUGGUCUGAUUUGAAGUUCAUCUUGGAAGAGAAGACUUAUUGGAUGAGAGCAUGUGCUCCUUGAAGAGACAGAGACUAUCUUUCGCACAAAUUUUUUAAAACAAUUUUUGUUUUUGAGGAAGACUGUUUUCAUGUAGAUUUGACAUUCUUCUGAAUCAUGUCAAAUCGAGGCAAUUCAGCAAGCCAUGUGUGAACGGGCCUUCUUCAACUUCUUUGUAUGGAGUGCUCAAUGAAUUUUAACUUGUUUUUGUUGCAAUGUUAGACCUUUCUUAUUAUGGUUGCGAAAAAAUACCAAAUAAAUUCUAGAAAGUACCAAAUGUCCUCCAUGUUUAUGUUGCCAAUUUGAUCAUGAUAAAUUUCAUGAAAAUGUGAAUGUGUGCAUUUUUUCAAUUUUUUUAAAAGAGAUAUAUAUUUUUUGUUAUACAUGGGACCAUUUGAAAUUAAAAUGCAAGUUUUAUGAAGUGAAUCCACAGUAAAAUCCACAAUAAAAAAACAUGGUGAUAAUGAAAUACUUCCAACGUUUGAUAAACUACUUAAUCAUGAUUUAUAGAGAUGUUCUGUCUUGGACAUUUUCACUUCCAUAUGUGAAGUAAUAACAGUCAUUUAUUAUGACUAUGCUUUGUCUGUAUAAUACCUGUAAUCACAUAAUUUUUUUAAUCAUGGCUGAUGCUAUUUUAGUAAAACCUCUUCUUUUUUUUAAUCGGACAUUUGAUGCAGAAUAAUUCCACAUUUCCUUUGUAAUUGUCUGAGUACAAUUUGACAUUAACCUUGAAAGUUGAGUGAUCCUGUAAAAAAAAAUCUUCAAAUUGGUACUCAUUUUAACUUUGUUGAAAUGUUUAACCAGUUGCCUUAACUUGUGACCAAUUUUUAGAAAGAAACAUAUUUGCUAUGUUAAACUUGUCACAUAAGAUUUUUUUUCCUUUUUAUCAACCCCCUUUAAAUCCAUUACUUGGAAAUAUGUUCUCUAAACAAAUGUUUAACUGUAACAUAAUGUAUGUAUGUGUUUUUUUAUACUUUCUUUUGUUUUUAUAUGCUUUCUUUUAUUUCUUCUUUUUCUACUCAGGUCUAUUGUCAAAUAUUAAUUUUGUCUGAAAACUACAUUCUUCAAGUUAUUACCUUUUUUAAAACCAAAUAAUGUUGCAUAUUAUCGAGGGAUGAUAUAUAGAGGUUUGAAAAAAAAUGAUGAGUGCUAAGAGUAACAAAUAUUCUUUGUGUAAGUUUUUACAAAGGAUAUUCAUUGUAAUUUAUUCUGUGCAUGCCAGAAAUGUAUUAAUAUUCUAAAAUAUGUUGUUACCACAUGGGAUAAACCCAUUUGGUCUACUAUCUCUUGGUCUAAUGGCCAGUUGGUCUAAUAACCACUUAGUCUAAUUCGCAUUAGUCUAAUGCCCAGUUAGUCUGUUUUCCAUUUUGUGGUCUUAUUGUUAUUUUUUCUUUACUUUGCCAAAUAGAAUUUGAUUUAUAAACAUAUCAUAUCACCUAAUCAUGUAGACUUAAACCCAGUGCACACUAUCGGCAUGUUUCUACAGAGGAUUGUUAAAAACAGAUUCUUUUCGGAAUCUAAAAACAAACCUGUUUCUACAUAGCGAAUAAUCCGAUUAACUCACAUUUCGCAUUUCAAAUACCGCAUCAACAUGGCAAUAACCACCUCCCUGUGGUGGGUAUGAGAAACUGUAUUUUGCACAAUGCAGUUUAUCAAUAAAGCGCAUCGCGUCUGUUUCCACAGGAAAGUUUUCCGGAAUUCUGGAUACUUAGGCGGGUAAUACCGUUUAACGAUUCUCUGUAGAAACACGCCGGAUGCGACACAAUUGAAUGAUGAUCAGAUUGCAACAAAAUCACGGUGCAAUCGCAUGGCAUAAUGUGUGCUGGGCUUACAUGAUGUCAGACCUAAUGGAUUUAGCAUGGCUGGAAAUGAGAUCUGUAAUUAUUAUGGGGUAAAUGGCAAGUAGGCCAAAUAGUUGAUACCCAGGGGGCCAGUCAAAUGUAUUGCUGUACACACGCGUGACCAUAAAAAACUUGUUUAAAGGGGUGUUUUUUCAGUUUUGGACGCAGUCUGCGCGUGGACUCGUUAUCUAAAGGGUGUCAAAAACACUGAAUUUCAAGAAAAAGGGUGGUUUUGAAAGACUGGUCAAUGGUCAAUAGCGAGAUCAAACGUAUUUAGGGUACCGGUAUGUUUUCCCCCCCAAAGCUUUUUUUUAAAGACUAGCCAAAUGUGUUUAGGGUAUGUUUUUCCCCCAAGCUUUUCCCGAGGUCAUAUUUUGGCGACAACUUGUUUAGGGGCCAAAAUGUGUAAAUAAAGCCCGCGAAAAACUUGUUUAGGGGGUUAUUUUGCGCACAGAGAAAAACUCGUUUAGGGGGUGUUUGGAAAUUCCUUGGUCACGAGUGUGUAUAUUUGACUGCCACCACCCCCCCCCCCCCCUGGGUUGAUAGACAGAACUAGUUGUAGACUAAGUAGGAUUAAAUCAUGUGGGAUGAGACCAAGUAGAAUGUAGAUGAAGCGGGUGUAUACCAUCGGUAAUUUCUAUGUAUUGCCAUCAUGCCACAAGGACUCAACUGCCUUCUGAUUCUUCGAAUGUUUUAAUGAAGAUAUACCUCUGUAGUUGGUUUAUACACUGCUAUUCAGGCGAUGAUUAGUUGUUCAAGCAACUUCAAUUGUUGAAUGUCAAACAUGUAGUACAUGUAUGUUCAUUGUAAUUGUAAUAUGACACAUUGAACGUGUGUAAGUGAUCUC